AUGUACCACCCUGACACUGCGAAUGGGUCCAAGAUUGGAACGGUUAUCGAGCGAUGGCCGAGUCUAAGCAUUGCCAUGGUUGACUUGGUCUCAUCACUCCGGUUCUCUAACAGCGGGUAUUUUCAAGCCGCCUCGCCCAAAUGUUUUGUUAGAUCAGAUAAUGUCCCCAACGGCACCUAG